UUUCCGUAGAAGAAGAGAGAAGCGGAAGUAAAUCGCCGCGGCGCAGUUGUUCAAAACAACCGAGCGAGUUUCAGAAUUACAACUUUCGCCACAAUGCCUCUGUCCACUCAGUCUCAAGCUGACGAUGAACAAUAUGUUUUAGUUGCCAGUUUGGAUAACGCACGCAAUCUCUCCAACAUACUGAAAGCCAUCACCUUCAAGGACCAUGCCAUCUUCAACGCUACACCCAACGGCCUGAAGGUCACUGUGGAGGACUCCAAGUGUCUACAAGCCAAUGCGUUCAUCCAGGCUGAGAUCUUCCAAGAGUACACCAUAAAAGAAGAUGUGGUGGGUUUUCAGGUCAAUCUCACUGUUCUGUUGGACUGUCUCAGUAUCUUUGGAGGAAGCAAUGUAGCAGGAGUAACAGCUUUACGAAUGUGCUACAGAGGCUACGGUUACCCUCUGACCUUGUUCCUGGAGGAGGGUGGCGUCGUGACAGUUUGCAAGAUCAACACACAAGAACCAGAAGAGCCAAUUGACUUUGAUUUCUGCAGCGCCAAUGUCAUAAACAAGGUGAUCCUGCAGUCAGAGAGUCUGAAAGAACCCUUCUCUGAACUGGAUAUGAGCAGCGAGGUGCUGCAGAUCACCAUGUCCCCGAGCCAGCCGUACUUCAGGUUAUCUACGUUUGGAAACUCUGGAAACGCCCAUUACGAUUAUCCCAAAGACUCAGACAUGAUGGAGCUGUUUCGCUGCACAAAGACUCAAACAAACAGGUACAAGAUGUCCCUGCUGAAGCCGUCCACCAAAGCUCUUGCUUUGUCGUGUAAAGUCUCCGUGAGGACGGACAGCAGGGGCUUCCUCUCUCUGCAGUACCUGGUCCGGAACGACGAUGGACAGAUCUGCUUUGUAGAAUAUUAUUGCUGUCCUGAUGAGGAGGUGGAGUGAUUACAGUGCGUCCAUUAAACCCUGCUUUAAAUAAGCACUUUACCAUCAGUAGAGGCCAAUUGCUUUCACUGAGGGCAGGAAUAAGAGCACUAACUCUGGCAGAGGAGGCUGUACAGCCACUGGGUGCACACAGGGGAAAUAAAAGCAGCGCGACAAGAUGAAUAAUGAACAUGUUCCAAUAAAAUCUGCUGAUUCAUCAUUAGUUAAACACUCACAGUUGAGUGGGACAUUGCUACGGGACGUGUGGGAGGAUAAUGUUGCCUACCUGCUCUUGUUGUGCACAUGUGUCGUUACUUCACGACACACAAGUUCAGAAUUUCAUAAUUGUAUGCAGUUAAUGUAUUGGGUUUUGUUACUAUGGCAACCUAACUAUUUAUCAGAAGCCCCUCAAUAUGUGAACCCUGUAACUUCAUGAGUCUACAUGGCUCGUUAUCCAACUGUGGCCAUGAUUUACUUACAAUGUUGAAGUUGACAUUUUUCAUGACGUUUUCUGGAGAAGACAUCAGAUACUGAGAUUAAGUUUGAAUCGUUUUAUUUCUAGGACAUAGAAAACAACUGUAGAUAAACUCAAUAAACAUGUUUUGUUUUUUUUACAAUGAUGGAAAAUGUUAUUUUAAUCAUUAAAGUUGGGAAAAUGUUGGCAUUGUUGCAAAAGCUUUGCAAAAAGUUUUGCAACCCUCUACGUUCUGCACAAUCUUCUUGUGAUUGAUAAGGGAGAAAAAGUGUAUUGUACGAAACCACAAUAUGGCAACAGACG